GGAGGCUUGCAAACUGCAGAAUGGCAGAACGUGGUAUGUACUUUUGAUUUUAUUACGCACAAGCUUCUGCAUUCAUUUGUCUGAAUAUCAAGAUAGAAGGUAGUAUCUGAGGAGCUUUCUCAAAUAAUAUUUGAGUGUUUGAAACUGUCUGCUGUGAAAGUCUUGCGAGGCGCAUGCAAAACAUGGGAGAGAGAGAAGCUUUUGUCACCUUGGCAACAAAUGACACAUAUGCAUUGGGAUGUCUUGUCCUUGGAAAUUCUCUUAAGCAAAGAGCAAGGACUACUCGCAAAUUGGUUGUCAUGGUUACACAAGGGGUCUCACAAUCUAUGAGGAACCAGUUAGCAAGGGUGUUUGAUAUGAUCUAUGAUGUAAACCUUCUAGACAGUCGAGAUUCAGCAAACCUACAGUUACUAGGGCGACCUGAUCUCAGUGUGACCUUCACAAAGUUCCAUUGCUGGCGAUUAACCAUGUUUGAGAAAGCUGUAUUUUUAGACGCAGAUACUCUGGUUCUUCAGAAUGUAGAUGAACUGUUUGACAGAGAGGAGCUCUCGGCUGCUCCUGAUGCUGGAUGGCCUGACUGCUUCAACUCGGGAGUUUUUGUCUUCCGUCCAUCCGAAGAAACUUACAAUGCACUUCUGCAGUUUGCAAUGGCACAAGGAAGUUUUGAUGGUGGCGAUCAAGGCCUGCUGAAUAUGUACUUCAGAGAUUGGGCAACAAAAGACAUUGCUAGACAUCUUCCAUUUAUUUACAAUGUUGUAUCUCAGGCAUUCUACAGCUAUCUUCCAGCUUUCACACAGUUUAAGGAUUCGGUAAAAAUAGUUCAUUUUAUUGGUGCCACUAAGCCCUGGCACCACCCAUACAACACCACCACAAAGGAGGUUACCCCCCUUCCGGAAACUGGACACAACAAGGACUACUUGCAAAUAUGGUGGGACAUCUUCAUGACUUUCAUCCAGCCUACUUUAGACCCAUCCCUGACCUCUACCUUAAUGUCGAGUCAUGUAGACUCCAAUCCUGUGAAGGGCAUAGAACCACCCAAAGCUACAGUCCCUGUUAUAUAUCCGUAUAUACCUCCUGAAAUUGAUGAUGUAUCUUACCAUUCCAAAGCACAAGACUCUUCCAAUCCCUCUGACAUAACCUCUGAGGUGAAAGAGAUUCCAGUAGUAACCCGAAUUUACUCUGACUUGGAGUCGCAUUAUGUGGAAGAACCAAUUUCUAUGUACAAUCAAGAAAAUAGGCCAACUGCUAAGAUUCUGGAGGUUCCUCAAGUUGUGAAUACAUGGGCAGCAGCAAAUGAAAUGAAAAAGGAAAUGUCGAAUCCUACAGUAGAAUCUGUUAGUGAAACUGAUUGUGUUCAUGAAAAUGGAAUAAAAAAUAGUGAUCUGAAAAUCAAUGAAACAAAUCCAGUUACAGAGUCUGAAGAAUCACAUUCUUCAGGAAAAGAAAAGAGCAAGGACUAUGAUGUUAAUGGUUAUACAAAUAGUAAUGAGUCCGAGGCUUCAGAUGGGGGUGAGGGUGGGCUGAUCGGGGAACUAGCAGCGCUAUCCUUGGAGUCAGGUGCCACUUACGGAGGUUCCCAGGAACACCUGAGUGAACAAGAGCGUAAACUGAACUGGGAACGCGGGCAGGUGGACUACCUAGGUGCCGACAAGUUCGAGAAUAUCGAAAAGAAGUUGAACAAGUCUAUGCAAGGUCCUGCCGCCAGUAGCAAAACCUACGCUGCUAGUCCAUUUAAGAAUAUCAGUGUCACUAGCAAGGCUACUGAGCAGAAACAACCACCCAAAGAGUAGGUCUGCUCACGUGUGGAAGUUCUCGACAUCAUAUCAAGGCUGUUAUUUUGAAUUUUAUGAUUAGCAAAUACAUCUGUGCUCUAUUUGCAAGGAGUAAUACGUUUAUAUUUAGCUGGGUUAAUCUUACUAGUACAUUUCCUUCCAAAUUUUGAAUUUGUUCAGAGUUUAUUAAGGUAGAUCCAUAUCUCCAAAUAUACAUAUAGCACUCAAUGUAGGCCUGUGACUACAAGGUACCAUUUCAUGUCGGGGGGGGGAUGUGUUGAAAUUCAAACUUGCAUAAAAUUUAAAAUAAUUCAAAAUAAUGGUCCCUCUGGGAGUGCUUUUGUGAUCGCCAAUGAUAUUACUAGGGUGAUCAUGUGGCCUACAUUUCUCAAGAGACCAUGUGACCUUUGAUGUAGUUCAUCUAGAGGUCCUCAAACUGCUUAGUUGUUAAUGUUUUGUGAAAUGCAGUGAUGUUAUUAUAUGACAAACUAUUAAUAUGCAUUGUUAAUAAUCUUUUUGAAAGUUGUAAGUGGCUUUAGUGAAUAUCCGCGAUGUCUGUUAUAGUGGUGGUUUUCUGUUAUUUCGGAGUGCUUGUUUAGGUGUGAGGAGAAUGUUCUGUAACAGUAGAAGGCUUGUAUCAGUAUUGUUAUUAAAUCGUACAGGCUCAAUGAUUACCUCAGUUGCCAUAUGAAUGUUUUGAAAUGCAUUAGAGAGUCCCUGGAAUUUUUGGUAUCUUAACAUCCCUUUGUGAAUUUUAAAAUUGGAGAGAUUCACUUUUUGUGUGAUGAUGUUGAAAAAAUGACAAUUUCACCAUAGCAAUAAAACAAAAAAACCACUGCAGUUUACUGAAACACAGCAUCUGGGUCAAUUCAUUAUUCAGAUCAGUAUUUUGUGAUAAAAACUGAUUUCUACAAAAAAUCCAAACCUGGAUUUCACAAGAUAUCAAGCAUUUUCAGUAUAGAUCACAUUCCAUCCACACAUUGUGAUAAUUUUGUGCAAUAUUCUCCAAGGGAAGUAAUCCUUGUUCAUUGUGGCUGUGCCAUGGUUUGCUUGAUACUAAUUGUUUGAAAAGGUUUGGAGGGAGGAAUUAACUCAGCUGUAAAUAUAGCAUAAGUAGAUAGGAAUAUUGUUGAUUUGGCCAGUGAGUAGGCAACUUUAACAUAACUUACUAUACUUUGUGUUGGUUUUCUGCCUUUAUAGCCUAAUCAAGAACAAGUUCAGGUUCAAUUGAAUAUCGAUUUUAAAAACUUGGUGCAUAACCGAUUUUGGUUAAUAUUAUCAACUUCAGUUCUAUUUAUUUUCACUGUGACCAUUGUUAUAUUGUGUACAUGGAACUAUUAUUUGAAACAUUGUGUUUACUAUGAUUGUCUUGACAGACAAUGUUCUUAGCAUGUUGUUGUGUGUUGAAGAAUCCAUACACAUCGUACAAAAUUUAUGUUCAAAUGAACCUGAAAUCUGAACAGGUAUUUAAGCAAAUGAUGAGAAACUUCAUUCAGUAUAUGUUAAUUGUGUAGUCUUGCUAAGCGUGUUAAAAGUCUAGAUCUUUUACUUUCUAAACCACAGGUCCAUCUUCAUGGGUUUGGUCAUCCCAGUUGUAUGGACUAGUGAUCUUGAGCAUAAUGAAGGCAAUUUGGGCUAAUGUAGUUAAAACCUAGUGAUAAAAAACUAAGUGCUAAAUAAGUGUCUAUGUGUGCAUAUCAGAAUAUGUCAAGUGCUUCUGUUUGGAGUGUAAUGGGGUUGCAUUAAUUGGCUUUGUGAACCUAAAUUUUUGUGCUGGAGUAAGCCUACUUCGUUUGGAAAUGAUACAUACAUCACACACCCAUUUUUAGAAUUGUAAAUGUAAUAUGUUUGGUUGUACUGAAUCGAGUACACUUUGUGUGUAUACACUUGAUUUAAUGUAUUUCUGUUGACUUCACUAGUAGAACUGCUUAACAAACUGUCUUCCAUUUUUGUCUUCAUUUACAUAUAUCGAUAUCGUUUUCAUGAACUUGGUACAGGCUGUAUGAUUGGUUCACUAGUCAAAUUGAUUUUAGUCAAAAUAGACCUAAGAGUGUGUUCAGCAGGUAAUUUGAUGAAAUAAAAAUUGACAGUCUUGUGAGCUUCAUUUUACCUCAGAUUUAUAAACCAAUUAUGACUGUGUUUUUUUGAUUGGCUUUAAUUGGUAUGGCUUGCUUUAAGUUUAAAGUGGCAUGACUGGAGAUAAUUAUUUUAUUCCCUCACUUUAUCAUAAAAACUUGCAUUACAAUAUAUUGUACACUUUUAUUACAUGAGCAAAAUUUGAACCUGCAUGUACUGCAAUUAAACAAGAAAUUAUGAUAUUAAUGUCAACAAUCAACAAAGUUUGUUAGGUUUUUUUAUUGUACAACUUCAUUUAGAUUUUUUUUUUUUAUUUCACGAAAAUUAUUUUUAUUGUAUUAAGUUUUUUUUUUUAAAAACUGAGAUGAGAAUGGAGGUGUGAUUAACAGGAUUAUGAUUUUUUAUAAAAACGAAAGUUAUCACAAUGUUACUGUAAAGUUAAUUAUCAAUCUGAUAUCAUGUGCACACCGGUCAUGUCACUUUAAUGUGAUUCUGAGAAUUAUAUUUGGAAAAGGUGUGAUUAUAUUGGUGAUGAAUCAUUGUUCUCAGUAUUGAUAAGCCAGAUUUAUUUAUGUACAUACUGGGGUUUUUUCUUGAUGUACAAUAUAAAGAUGUCAAUAUGUGUCAAUUUUAAACUUUCUAAUGCUGGUCAAAUCUCCAAGAUCAUCACAGAUUUGUUGUGCUUAUUUUUCAUGAACCACUUUAUUUCCAAGUAGCAUGUAACAACUGUAGGCUUUUGAAUUCAGGUGUGUGUUGUUGUUGUUGGGUAGAAAUCAGGGGCGCGUUUUACAAAAGAACUUUCCAGUUUUUUGUAAGAUCAUUCACUCCAAAUGCAAUAUAUUUUUUCAAAUAUUGAAAAUUAAGCCUCAAAAAGUUUUACUUCAUUCACUCAAAGUAAUAACAGUGUAAUACAAUCUAAGACUUGCGGCUCUGUGGUAAGUUCUUUUGUAAAAUGGGCCCAAGAUCCUCAAACUUUUGAAAGUUUGCAAUGCUGUAAAAGUACCGUGCAUUCUACAAAAACAUGUACUGUGCUGUGUGUGUUGACAAAUUGCACUGAUUUCCUGUACAAGCGUAUUGCAGUACUAAUUUAGUAGCAUUGAGUUAGACAAUCAUUAAUAGUCUUAAUUAGGUUUCUGUAUGCAUGUAUGAAGCUGUGAUCCUGUACUAGAGGCAUUUUAAGGAAACAAAAAGUUUAAAACCCAGGUUUUUGAAGAGUAACAGAUUAGAAGGAUCAGGAAAUUUCCUCCAUGCUGAAUCUAGUUUUCAGGGAUAGCAUUUGUAGUGAUUAUGCAACUUUCCGUGCAUUUUGUUAUGCAUUUAAUGUGCAGAAAUUUGUUUUCAACUUUUUUCUGGUCACUACCCUACAUGUAUUAUGACAAAUUCAGUGUUUUUAGUUUUGUCUGUGCUGGUAAUUUAUGGAAACUUUGGUGCAAACAUAUUGAAUGAAAUUAUAUAUAUCUAUAUACAUGUGUAUGAAUUAACAUAUAUAUUUUGUAAAAUGAAUAUCCUAAAUUGAUAUAGUUGUUUUAUGAAAAUGUAUCCUUGUUAUUUACAGUACUGGUAACUUUGAAAAAGGCUUUAAUUUUUUUUUUUGUCAAAUCCAGGAUUGCUUCUUGAUUAAAAUGGAGCACGAGAGCUUUACUUUCCUAUCGAUGAUUUGUACAGGUAUUAAAUCUUAAAAACAACUUGAUUUUGAGGUUUCAUAUCGAGUCAUUUUCUGUACUAAAAAAGAAUGAUAUAAUAGUAGUUGUGUAUGGCUUUGGUGCUAUGGAUCCUAUAAGUGUACUCGUGUAGUUUGAUUGUAUACUGUCAUUAUUCCAGUUGCAUAAUACAUACUGAUGUUAAGCUGUGUGCUAAACCUGAUUUCCUGAAACUUUUUUUCCGGACUUUAAAAAGACUUUAAAAAAAAUUGUGAUGAUUGUUAAUUAUAAUGAAAUCAUAAAUUUUCUACAAUCAUGUUGCUGUUAGUAGUAGAGAAGGUGUUGAGAAGAUUUGUUAAUUGUUCUGAAAAGCUUACAUUUAUAUAAAUUCACAAAAUUGUUACCAAAGGAAUGUUUUGUUGAACAAGUCUAAAAAUAAAGCAUUCACAUGCUGAAAAGCUUGA